AUGGAGAGGACGCCGUCCCCUCCGCGCCGGCUGCACACGCCGCCGGCUCCACUUCACGGCCCACAGUACGACAGCUACGAGCCCUUUUCACCACGCCGGUCGAGCCGGGUUGCCGCGCAACAACACCUUCACCACGAACAAUCGUCCCCAACCCGCCGACGCACAACGCGCGACGUGACUCCCUCGAGCUCCAGGAAAAAGCCAGCCACCCGCACCUCCAAUUUGACUCUGUCCCCGCCAUCUUCACCUAUUUCUCCGGCUAAGCACCACUCGCCUCGCUCAUCGCGUCGCUCCCACCUCGACAACGGCGCAAUUGAUUCUGACUCAGAUCACGUUGCCCCCACGCCUGCGCGACGCUACCUCACAACCAUGGCGCCUCACGGCAUGCUCCCAACGCCGGCCAAGACACCGCGCAAACGCGCUCUGCAAUCAGAAGAGACUCUGGGCUCCACCGCGCGCAUCUUGUUUCCGAAUCGCCCCGCUACCAUCGAGGAGGCCAUGCCUUCUCCGCGCAAGGGCCGCAAGAGCAGAAAGGACGCCUAUACGCUAGAGAGUUUCGCUGAGCGAAUGGAGGAGGCCAAUGAGCACAUUGAGGUCUUCACUGAUUCGAAGGAGCGCAUUCCCACUCGCGAUGCAGACGAAGAUAAUCCGUUUGUCACGAAGAAGGGCAAAGGAAAGGCAAAAGCGGCCCCGCCUAAGCCGCGCAAGGUGGAUGCAAAGACAGCGAGGAUGAAUGAAGCGGUCGAGCGCGACGAGGGAAUGGUUUAUCUUUUCCGUGGCAAGAAGGUCUUCCGCAAGUUCCAUAAUACUCCGCGUUCCAAUGCCUCAGAGGAAGAACCCGAGUUCUCUGGAGAUGAGCUACGCCACAAAGCCGGCGCCGUCGCCCAUCGCCCUCUUACGCGCGCCCAAAUCAAGCCGCGUCUUCUGUUCCAGGAGGAAAUUCAGCAACGAGAGCGGGAGAAUGGCCAUGACGACGACGAGGAAGCGAUCACGGAUAUCGAGGUCCCGAUUGCCACUCCAAGCCGCAAGACGCGCAAGACCGCUGAGAGUGGUGUCUCUGUUACGCAGGAGGCCACUCCACCGCCAACGACCCGGGUCAAGCGACAAAUCUCCUUCGAUUCCUGGAGCCGGGUCAAGCCCGCUAGGAGCAGCGGCUCUACGCGCGACAGCAAGAAGCGUAGCGGCCCGCCGCUGGAGAGCACCGCCGACAAGCGAGCUCGGAGUGAGCGGAGUGAGCCUUCCUCUGCCAUGUCUAUUGACGACUUCUGA